GUAGGAGCUGACCUCAACCUUCAAAUUUUCCAAAUAUGCCACGUGUCAAACACCCAAAACCUCAGAAGAACAUGAAAACCAAAUACUAACUGCCAAUAAAAGGAAAAAAAAAAACCAGUUCCUAACGUUGCGGUUGUCUCCGAAAGAUGUUAUGGUAACAAUGAGGCAUCAAAUCAAUAUCAAUUAUUUUCAUGUUGGACUUUACCACAGUGGCUUGUCCUGUAAAUAUCUAGAACAAGAUUCCGAAAUUCACGGGAUUAAAGAAAAAAAUAAAGCAAAAGCCAGCACCAGCCGCCGGCCGAAGUUAAAUAUAUACCUCCAUGACCGGUGGCCCAAUAGAACACCACAUCCACAUCAUUAUCCUCGACCUUUCUCUUUGUUUUUUGCAUAUAAAUUGUUUAACCCACAAAGUUUUCGCCUUUAAAAAAGAUAUGUUUUUUGUUCUUUUGGCUAAAAACACAUAUUUUAAAGAUUGGAUUGAAGAACAGAAGCCAAAGCUCACAAUCAAGAAUACUUUCUUCGUUUUUGGUGUUUCCGGAGAAUUGCAUAAUGGGCAGAUCGAAAGAAAAGCUUCAGGCUUUUGUGAAAAAUAGAUGGCUGGUUUUUGUGGCUGCAAUGUGGAUACAAUCUUGUGCUGGGGUUGGUUAUAUAUUUGGUAGCAUAUCACCUGUGAUAAAGAGUUCUUUGAAUUAUAAUCAAAGGCAGCUUUCCAGGUUGGGUGUGGCUAAAGAUCUUGGAGAUAGCGUUGGGUUCUUAGCUGGGAGCUUGACUGAGAUAUUGCCUUUAUGGGGUGCUUUGCUCGUUGGCGCUUUGCAGAAUCUUAUUGGUUAUGGUUGGGUUUGGUUGAUUGUUACUGGGAGAGCCCCAGUUUUGCCUUUGUGGGCCAUGUGCGUCUUAAUAUUCGUGGGAAACAAUGGUGAAACCUACUUCAACACAGCUGCUCUGGUUUCUUGUGUGCAAAACUUUCCCAAAAGUAGGGGUCCAGUGGUAGGAAUACUCAAGGGCUUUGCUGGUUUGACCGGUGCAAUUUUUACUCAGAUAUACACAAUGAUUAAUUUCCCAGAUCAAGCGUCUUUAAUAUUCAUGGUUGCAGUUGGACCAGCAAUGGUAGUUAUUACUCUAAUGUUCAUUAUCAGACCUGUUGGAGGUCACAGACAAGUGCGUCCAUCUGAUGGUUUAAGUUCUACAUUUAUUUAUAGUGUGUGCCUCCUAUUGGCUGCUUACUUGAUGGGAGUCAUGCUUCUGGAAGAUCUUGUUAGUGUGAGCCACACUUUAAUUACAAUUUUUACUGUGAUUUUGCUUUUCCUGCUUGUCAUUCCAAUAGUUAUUCCCAUUGUAUUGAGUUUCUGCGAAAAGCCUAGAGAUCCAGCAGAAGAGGCCCUUGUAUCAAAGCCUGAGCAACAUGAAGCGGGAAAAUCUGAACUGGACGCCCAGGAACAUGAAGUAAUAUUGAGUGAGGUUGAAGAUGAGAAACCUAAGGAAGUAGACCUGCUUCCAGCAUCAGAAAGGCGAAAACGAAUUGCUCAGUUGCAAGCGAAACUGUGCCAUGCAGCUGCUAAAGGAGCAGUAAGGGUGAAGAGAAGGAGAGGUCCUCAUAGAGGAGAGGACUUUACCUUGAUGCAGGCUUUGAUCACGGCAGACUUUUGGCUUAUCUUUUUCUCUCUUCUAUUAGGUUCAGGAUCAGGGUUGACAGUGAUAGAUAAUCUUGGUCAGAUGAGCCAGUCUCUAGGGUAUGAUAAUACUCAUAUAUUUGUAUCCAUGUUUAGCAUUUGGAACUUUCUUGGUCGUGUUGGUGGGGGUUACUUCUCUGAGAUUAUUGUGAGGGAUCAUGCUUAUCCUAGGCAUGUAGCCAUUGCUGUGGCCCAGCUUGUUAUGGCUGUUGGCCAUGUCUUCUUUGCCGUGGGAUGGCCUGGAGCAAUUUAUAUUGGAACUUUGUUGAUAGGGCUUGGCUAUGGUGCCCACUGGGCAAUUGUGCCAGCUGCCACCUCCGAGUUGUUUGGCUUGAAAAAGUUCGGGGCUCUAUAUAAUUUCCUUACGCUGGCAAAUCCUGCAGGUUCACUUAUCUUCUCAGGUGUAAUUGCUAGCAGUAUUUAUGACCGUGAAGCAGAGAAACAAGCUCAUCAACAUCAUAUCCAGCCACAGAUUUCAGGCUCAAUUUUCUCAGGGAUGUUUGGCCAGGAUGAACCGCUUAAGUGCAAAGGUUCUACAUGCUUCUUUCUGACUUCCAUGAUUAUGUCAGGAUUUUGCGUCAUUGCAGCUGUUUUAAGCAUGAUGCUUGUGCGCCGUACUAAGACUGUUUAUGCCCACCUUUAUGGAAAAUCUCACACUUGAUUUCAAGGAUGAGAACUAGAGAUCUAGGAGCGUCUUUCAUGAAUAAUUCAUCCAUUUUAUGGUGAUGUUUAUGAGCAAAAAGUGAGAUUAUAGGUGUUUUCCUUAAAUUGAUGAAAUUAGUAUUGCCAUAAAGUUGGUGGAGCUGGGCAUGUUCCAAAUCCAAAACACAUUUACAUUUUAUUUGUCAAAGAUUCUGCUUUGAGUGUUGAAGUGGUGUACAUUUUCUCACUUCUUAUUUGAACUCAGUUUGAUUUUGAUGAUGUAAGUUUUUCGACAUUGUCCAUUAGAGCUAACCUGGAUUCUAGAUUACACUUUCAUCUCUUGAUUAUGGAGAUUGUGCCUGUCCUGGUAAUAGGUAAAAAAGCACUGUGGCUUUAAAUCAAAGGGAUGCAUAUGGGUUCUUAUACUUGAAAGCCGGUUGGUU